CAAUUUGUUUCCAAGAAAAUAAAAAUAUUAAUUCGACAGUAAGAACGUUACACUCGACCUUGAUACGGCCUGUGUAAUGCAAGGCAAGUUUGCUGUCAAACGGAAACGCACCUCAUGGCUUGAAAAUCUAUGUCAAUGAACUGAUGAAGGCGAGGGUGAUUGUCCAUGUCUAUGAAGAAUAUGACACCAGAAGAAGAAGAAGGUCAAAACCGUCGAGCGGCCUGCGAUUUAACCAGUCGCUCCUAGGUUUAACCUAUCUUACGUCAUUGAAAUACCCUGCAAAUACUUACGGAUAACACAAAUACAAAAUUUUCUCCACA